AUGCGCCUUCACACGAGGCCCACGGUUAGGGGCUUUUGUGCUUCCCCACGCCUCGGGGGACUCUCCGGAAGGCGAAUACCAAUUUCGGCUUGCUCCGGGCCACGGUUAGUGAGGACGGUCAGCAGUUUGACCCGGAGUAUCAAGGAGGGACCGACAGAGCCACCAUUACUCACCCACACCAUCCCCGAACAAUUCAACACCAUCGUCAACCAAUUCGGCGACCGCCCCGCCGUAAUCGCCCGCACUCCCACCACCACCUCAGCCGUGCUCCCCAACCUGCCCGCGGACACCAUCCUCCCCCCGGCCCUUGAAACGACACUCACCUACGAGCAACUAGACCUAGCCUCCAACGCCCUCGCGCAUUCCCUCCGUUCCCUCGGCGUUAAAAAGGGCGACCGAGUAGCCGUCAGCCUAGGCAACACGGCCGAGUUCGCCACGCUGACCUAUGCCGUGUUCAAGCUUGGCGCCAUCUUGGUGCCGCUCAACCCGGGGUUCAACGCGAAGCAGGUCACGGCGGCGCUGAAUCAUUUGGGAGUGGAAUUGUUGGUCAUCGGGGCGGUUACCGACCUAGCGUAUAAGCCGUGCCGGGGAAGGAGUAACUUGCCGUUGUUGCGGGCGCUGGUGCCGGAUCUGGAGAGUGGGAGGGUCGAGGCGGCUGAGGUGCCGACGUUGAAGACGGUGGUGGUGGUGGAUAAUUCGGCGGCGCAUCCGUUGAGUGGAUUUCCGCCGGUUGCUGAGCUGCGGUCGCUGACGCCGUUUACGGAGCUGGUGCCGGAUUUGACGGCGGUGCGGGCCUCGGGUUUGGGGGCUGCUGUGAGGGGGAUUACGCCAGAUUCUCCGCUUUCUCCGAGUGAUACGAUCAACAUCCAAUUCACCUCCGGCACAACCUCCCACCCCAAAGCCGCCAUGCUCUCCCACACCAACAUCCUCAACAACGGCGCGCUAAUCGCCUACCGCAUGGGCCUCGACCCCUCCGACCUCAUUGUCUGCCCCCCACCCCUCUUCCACUGCUUCGGUUCCGUCCUCGGCUACAUGGCAACCGCCACAACAGGCGCAGCUCUCCUCUUCCCUUCCCCAGCCUUCGACCCAGCCGCUACCCUCCGCAUGGCUGCUGCCCACCGCGCUACCGGCCUCUACGGCGUAGCUACCAUGUUCGUUGCCAUGCUCGAGCUCUUACACAACCACAACCACACCAGUCCCAACCCAGCAACACCCUCACAACCACCAAUUUUAACACCCUCCCAAACGGCCGCCCUCCCAACCCACCUCCGCAAAGGCAUAGCAGCCGGCUCUUCCGUCCCCUCCUCCCUCAUGCAAAAACUCUUCGCCACCUUCGGCCUGACCGACCUCGUCAUAUGCUACGGCAUGACCGAGACCAGUCCCGUGAGCUGCAUGACCGCCCCCACCGACCCCUUAGACCGGCGCACGGGAUCAGUUGGCCGCGUGAUGCCGCAUACGGCGGUUAAGAUUGUGGAUCCGCUUGAUAGAAGCCGGGUGGUGCCGUUGGGGGAACGUGGGGAGUUGGCGGCGGCGGGGUAUUUGGUUAUGGAGGGGUAUUGGGGGGAUGAGGAGCGGACGGGGGAGGUUAGGAGGGUCGAGAGGGAUGGUGAGGACGGAAAGGAGAGGGUGUGGAUGUAUAGUGGGGAUGAGGCGAGUAUGGAUAAAGAGGGGUAUGUUGAGAUUACGGGGCGGAUUAAAGACCUUAUCAUUCGGGGCGGGGAAAAUAUUCACCCAUUGGAGGUGGAGAAUUGUUUGUUUCAGCACCCGCUGGUCGCAGAGGCUAGUGUGGUUGGGGUGCCGGAUGAGAAGUAUGGGGAGUGUGUGGGGGCGUUUGUGAUUGCGCAUCAGGGGGUUGUUGUGGUGGAGGGGGACGGUCAAGGGGAAGAGGAAGGAGCAGAGAGUGGGGAGAAGAAGGAUGAUGUGUUGAGCCCAAAGGUGGUAAGGGAAUGGGUUAGGACGCAUCUGUCGAGCCAUUUGGCGCCGAAACAUGUCUGGUUUGUGAAGGAAUACCCCAAGACGGCGAGCGGGAAGAUUCAGAAGUUUAAGCUGAGAGAUACAGCGAAACAGUUGCUGGAAGGGGGGCGGUAG